GCACCGGGUCCUUGCUUUGCGCGUUGCUGUUCGCAUAAACAAGAGAUCCUAGUUCUACUCCCAAGCAAUGUAUCCGUCAGCCCCUCCGGACGCGUAUAACAAGUUCAGCGCCGGGGCUCCGCCAACGGCGCCGCCGCCGCCGGCAGCGUACCAGCAGCAGCAGCACGGGGCGAACAUGGACACUUCACGCCCCGGCGGCGGGCUGAGGAAAUGGUCCACCGGCCUCUUCCACUGCAUGGACGACCCGGGGAACUGUCUCAUCACAUGCCUGUGCCCCUGUGUCACGUUCGGGCAGGUCGCUGACAUCGUGGACAAGGGCACCUGCCCAUGUAUCGCGAGCGGACUGGUGUACGGGCUCAUCUGCGCGUCGACGGGGAUGGGGUGCCUGUACUCGUGCCUCUACCGGUCCAAGCUGAGGGCCGAGUACGACCUGGACGAAGGGGAGUGCCCGGACAUCCUGGUGCACUGCUGCUGCGAGCACCUGGCUCUGUGCCAGGAGUACCGCGAGCUCAAGAACCGCGGCUUCGACCUGGGGAUCGGCUGGGAGGCUAACAUGGACCGGCAGAGACGAGGAGUUGCCGGCGGCGGCGCGGUGAUGGGGGCGCCGCCGGCCAUACCGCUGGGCAUGAUUAGGUAGAUGAUUGAUUGAUGCGAAAUGGCAGAACUUGCUUUCGUGGUUCUUUUGUUUGACUAUGUAAUGUAUCUUCGUUUCCAUCGAUUCUAUGUAAUUUAACUGUCCUUUUUUUUGCUCUCUAUUGUGGAGGACGCUGGGUGUGAAUAGCACUGUUUUGGAUGGGUUUGUGAUUGGUCUAGAUGACUUAUAUAAGGUGCUUGUAU